GGCCAGAACCGCUGCUUGGAUGGUCUUAAUCCUGCUUUUGGCUGCCGCCACACUUCCGUGUCAUAGCUCGGUGGCUUUGCCGGAAGGAACGUUCCCGAUCGCGAAGCGAAUGAACAUUGAAACAUGUUUGGUGCGGUUUGACGAGCACCUUAACACUAUUAUCCGCACAGAGGAAUCACGCUCAAUGGGGGCUCGGUUUGUUGACGAUGCCGAUCUAAAUUCUCGCGAGCAAUGUUUGCGGCUGUGCUGCGAAACUGAAAAUUGUGAUGUGUUCGUGUUUGAAGAAAAGAGCCCCGGAACGUGUUUCCUCUUCCAAUGUGGUCCCCCGGAGAACUUCCGCUGUAAGUUUACACGCCAUUCCAACUAUACCAGCGCUGUCCUAUCAAUCCCCACGCCCCCAAUUGAGCAACGUCCUCCACCGCUGGCCGCCCAAAUACAAUCAUUAGCGCAACCCGACCCCAGCAAGCUUCUAUCUCAGCACGAAAUGGAACUGGUCAGUUUGAAGCAGGGCGCAAUAGGAACUAACAGUAAACGCAGGCUAAAUUCCGGUCAAACCACCACCACACCGACACCGCUACCACCGCUGGGAGUGCGUCUUGGAGACCUCGUUCCGACUGCCACCCCGACAGCACCGCAACAGAGAAAGACGCAGUGUGGUCACUUUGAAUUCUCCUGCCACUCGGGAGAAUGUAUAGCGGUGUACAACGUUUGCGAUGGCAUUCCGCAGUGCGAAGACGGGAGCGACGAAGGAGCGGACUGUCCGCAGAAAAAUUCGGCGUCCAUCGUUUCAUCCGUAUCCUCUGCAUCUUCCGGCGGUGGCUACCUCAGUCAGCCUAGUAUGCAAAUAGGGGGUGCAACCCCCAUUCGAGCGGUCGGUGGCUCAAAGCCGCUACUUUCGAUUGAUUCAGACCGAUCGCGAAUGUACCAGCAGAUGGAUUUUCCACCGCCGCAACCGAACCGUUUCGUGAUCGAGUCCGAUCAGCAGCAAGCGCUACCGAAGGCGUCAGUGCACCGCAACCGCGAAGAUCCUAUGACUGCCCCGAAACCGUGGCCCCGUCCUGGCUUUAACGAGUUCUUGUAUGCAGGUACGUACGAAAGGCGUGUGUCCACUGUAGACAGGCGGGACUGUUUUCUGUUUUCUUCUUUAGAUACUCCCAACAGUCACAUCUUCAGCCACAAAGGAGGGCUUCAUCUGUCCGCGAUGCCAUCCGCCCAACAGUACCAAGAGACGGCCCCAGAAUCCAGCUAUCUUCCUGCGUCACCGAUCGACCUAGGUGGUGCCGGUUCGGUCAAUGGAAACCAAUUGUAUCUGCCAGUGCGAGGCGACUCAUAUCCAGAUCUGGCACAGAAACAAGCAUUGCAGCAGCAAUCAGUUUCGUCGCAGGCUCAGUGGAUGGGCGCCAACGGCUUACGGCCUGAUUGGGCCCAACAAGCGCAACCAGUGUCGCCACAACUGCCGCAAGAGCAGUACAUCCAACCUCCGCUACAGCAGCGUCCCGCUCCCGUUCCUGUACAGCACCAAGAGGCGCCCACUUUAAAUCAACCACCACCGCAACACCAACCGCCACCUAAAGGAGAGUGGGCGAUGGCCUCGCAGCAAGGUGUAACCCCACCAGUUCCGACAUUUCCUAGCGCUGUUUCCGGUGUGAAUUCAGCAACAGAUCGGCAUCUGACGUCGAGCAAUGUUGAUGGGCCGGAAAAGCUAAACCAACCGAUGGGUGGCGACAGCUCAAAGCAGCAAAAAUCAUUCGCCGGGAAAGCGACUGUCGGUGCUAACAGUGACGCUGGUGUGGAGUACGACGAGGAUGGUUUCGAGGAAACGUAUCCUGAAACAACGAACGGUGCUGGGCUGGAGGCAGACGAAACACCGACACAAACAGACCCACCGAAGAAGAAGGUCCACAAGCACCACAAACACGAUCACCAGCAAACGGGAUCUCAAAGUUCCGAUGGCACCAACGAGGCAUCGGGGCCACACGGAACGGGAGGAGGGAAAAAGAAGAAAAAACUUAAAACUAUUAAAAAGGAUAAAGUUUUGGCCGUAGAAUCGGAAUCCGCGGGAGCGGCCUCUCCGGUCGUACACGAACAUUUCAAAGCAUUACACCAAGAUUUGGAAAUAGAAUUUGCCGACCACGACGGGUACGCAGAUCGGCCAGGAGGGGCUAUGCUAUCGCUAACCCUCGGUGUGCUGCUGACUGCGGCCAUGGGCAUUUUGCUGAGCUGCCGGAUGCGCGUAAACGUGGCCCGCCGCAGAGCACGCCGGCCCGGUAAAUCUUCUUACGCGCACGAUGCUGAUUUUCUUGUCAACGGAAUGUAUCUAUAAUUUAGCUCAUGAACGAGGGGUUGCCCGUGAUAUUUAUUGUUUUUCAUUAACCAAAUUAGUUCCACAUCAUAUCUGAUUAACAACAUUUCAUCCGUUA